CAAGGGCAACCAGCGCUAUCCCGCGCUAUGGAGGUGGUCGAGGCCCUAUAUUGCUGGACGAUUUAGAAUGUACUGGGCAAGAAAGAGACUUGUUCGGAUGUCAAGGCAAUCGAGCGGGCAUGCACAAUUGCGCACAUUCGGAAGAUGCCGGUGUCGAAUGCGCUGUGAAUGUUCGUCUUGCGGGUGGAUCCAAUCCCCUCAGAGGUCGUGUGGAGGUUCGCUUGAGCAACGGCACAUGGGGAACCGUGUGCGACGAUUACUGGGACAUCCGAGAAGCAAAUGUCGUUUGCCGCCAACUCGGGUAUGCAAAGGCAACCAGCUCUAUCCAGCGCUACGGAGGUGGUCGAGGCCCUAUAUUACUGGACCAAUUAGAAUGUACUGGGGAAGAAAAAGACUUGUUCCGAUGUCAAGGUAAUCGAGUGGGCGUGCACAAUUGCGCUCAUUCGGAAGAUGCCGGUGUUGAAUGCGCUGCUCUAAAUGUUCGUCUUGCGGGUGGAUCCAAUCCCCGUAGAGGCCGUGUGGAAGUUCGCUCGAGCAACGGCACUUGGGGAACCGUAUGCGACGAUUCCUGGGACAUCAAAGACGCAAAUGUCGUUUGCCGCCAACUCGGGUAUGCAAAGGCCAUCGGCGCCAUCCAGAGCUACGGAGGUGGUCUGGGCCCUAUAUUGCUGGACAAUUUAGAAUGUACUGGAGAAGAAAGUGACUUGUUCCGAUGUCAAGGCAGUCGAGUGGGCAUGCACAAUUGCGUACAUUCGGAAGAUGCUGGUGUCGAAUGCGCCGAUCCGAAUGUUCGUCUUGCCAGUGGAUUCAAUCUCCUUAUAGGUCGUGUGGAGGUUCGCUUGAGCAACGGAACGUGGGGAACUGUAUGCGACGAUGAAUGGGACAUCCAAGACGCAAACGUCGUUUGCCGCCAACUCGGGUAA